AUGACUGGAUUCUAUGACAUCCUCUCCAUCCGAAAUCCCAAGGUGAAGGAGCUCUUCCGCCUGCGCGUGGGAGGUCGUCGCGCCCGCGAAAAACACCGUGGCAAUUGCCUGGUCCGAGGGAAGCAACUGGUGGAGUCUAUGGGUUCGCUUGGUUUCAAGUUCAAGGAGAUUUACAGCCACCAGCCCCGGGAGACCUUCGCUGCCUUCAACGCAGAAAAGGUCAUACGUGUGGAGAAGGAGGUCUUGAAGCACAUCCUCUUUGGAGCGAAAGAGCGCAUCUCGCGGAAGUGCGAAGACGACGACCUGGUGCUAGGACAGAUAGAACAGCCAGAGGAGAUCCAGGAGUUUGACGACUCUGCGGAGCGGUUGUUGAUGAUCGAUCGCAUCAAGCAUCCUGAGAACAUGGGUCGCCUUUUAAGUUGUGCUGUUGCGCUGAAGUUCGAUGGUGUCAUCGUUAACCGAGAAUGUGUUGAUCCUUUUUCUUACAAGGUCCUGGAGACUUCACAGGGGGUCGCUUGGACACUGCCAUAUCGAUAUGCCAGCAACGAGGAGCUCAUCGAGUUCUCCCAGAGGCGGCAGUUCAUGCUUUGUGCGGGAAGUCCAAGGGGGCGGCCCUUGGCCGACUUGCAGAGCUUCGGUGAUCACUGGGGAUUCUGUUUGAUCAUAGGCAACGAAGGAGAUGGAGUGCACAAAGAGCUCUUGAAGCAUUGCACCGAGGUUGCUUUGCCUAUGUCUGAACUGAUGGAGUCGCUGACUGCCAGUGUCGUUGGGGUGCCCCAGAGCAAAAACGGAAACGAGCCGAGUCGAGCCGAGGUGCACAGUGCCAACCCAAAAAGAUGUCUGCCGUUCGGAGAGACACCAGCUGCGCUCCAUGAUCAACAUGGUCGUGUGGUGAGAAGAUCUCUGAAAGAUGCAGCAAUCUUGGCGCAUGAAGCCUCCAGAAAUGGGUCAUUAGGUGAACAUGAUGCUGCCGCAGAAAAUCGUCAAGAACUUGAAGACAAACUGGAGGCUGUCGAUAGCCACGGUGACGGUGCAGAGUCUGAACUCCAACUUUUAUGGGACACUGCGAUCUUGUCUCGCGAGUCUCCCGAAGCGCAUGGGAUGGAUGUAGAGGAGUUGGAGGACCUUGUGCUAGCGUAUCUUGUGGCAUUCCCCGAUGUUUUGGCAGAUGAGUUGGUGAUGAACCUCUUCCGCCAGGUGCAGCUUGGUCAGAACAUUCUACAUGCAGAGGAGCGGCAUAUCAAUGUUGGAGCUGUCCUCGAGCAGAUGAAGCCAUGCCUGGAAAGGCAUAAGGGCACUGCGGCGCGUAUUGCAGCAGAGUGCUGUGCGCACCUGCAGACGCGUUCCGAGACAUUGGCAGCAAAACUGAUGGCUUCGUCGGGGAAGAGGAGUUCCGGAAGACCAUGGUGCCUGCCAUGGCCCUGGAGGUUGAAAAUCUAG